AUGGCUACAACUGAGGAUUUGGAGAAGGGUCGGAUCACCGACACGGUCGGCUCAUUCCUGGCCACCAUCGUCGACAGUGAGAAGCGUUCCACCGAAGCUCACAAGUACUUCUUACAAGACUGCCACUGCGUGCUAUCGAAGCCAGACGGCCUAGUGAUAUCGACUGUCAAAGACCAUCUGAACAGCCCGGGAACGACCAAACCCAUAUCAGCAAGUGCAGGCUCAGUGUCAACUGAAACACUCAGGGAGCCGGCGCAGGCAGUAUGGGUCGCUGGUGAUCUAGCGGCGGUGUGGACAGGCAGUCGCCUAAUGAAAGACGGAAAUGAAGUGAAGAGCAGCGUCAUGCUGUUAUCUCUGCUAAAAGUGAAGGAUGAUUGGAAGAUCUGCGGAGUGGCAGAGACACUGUGGGAAGCAGGGACUCCGACGCCCAGCUUGUCCUCCAAUCUCACCGAAACGCCAGGUCUCAUGGCACCAAUCGACGCCUUGUUGUCCGCCUUCAGUAAGCCGGACUGGCCCGCAUUGUCACAGUGGUUUCUGGACGGCGGUGCAUCGUUGCAGUCUCGACCGCCUGCCGAAUACCAGGUCACGAAUUUGGAGCAAUCCAUUGUUCGUCUCCAGGGCAUUCUCGACCAGCUUCCGCCGGGAACAACAUUCGAAGAGAAACUCCACGAUAUUGAGGCGCGGACGUGUGGCGACCUCGGGUUUGUGUGGGCGCCUUUCGUUAUCGAGGCCGGUGGCAGGAAGUCCCACGAGGGAUUUAAUAUCUUCUCGCUACUCAAGCGCGAUGAUCGGUGGGUUAUCAGUGGAUGUCAGAACAUUGGGGAGCCGCUCAAGAGCGCGGCAUGA